AUGAGAUAAAAAAAAUAUAAAUUAAAAACUAAAGAAAAUAAAAAAUAAAAAUAUCUUUGUUUUUCUUCUUCCUUCUUCUUCUUUCAUAUUGAUGUGUACUCUUCACCUCUAAGUUUUGACCAAAAAAGCUUCGUCCUUUUCUCUUUGGAACAUACCCAAGAUUGCGUUACAACUUGAGAUUCACUCUUCAUAUCUCGUCUUCGUGAUGAAUUAUCAUCAAUGGAGAUGAUGAUGAGCUCUUCUUCUUCUUCUACUACACAAGUUGCAUCGUUGAGAGAGAUUGGGAUGUAUGAACCGUUCCAACAGUUGUCUGGUUGGGAAAAUGCUUUCAACACUAGAGGUAGUAGUAGUAAUCAGAACAACAACAACAACAACAACAAUCCGAGUUCUUCUACAGUUCCUGAGGUGGAUGCUCGAGCAGAAGCAGAUGAUCACAAUAAGGCGAACUAUACAUCUAUGUAUAAUAACUCUGUUGAAGCAGAACCUUCUAGUAAUAAUGAUCAGGACGAAGACCAAGUCAAUGAUAAGAUGAAACGGCGAUUAGCUCAGAACCGAGAAGCUGCUCGCAAAAGCCGUUUGAGAAAGAAGGCACAUGUUCAGCAGUUAGAAGAAAGCAGGCUAAAGUUAUCACAGCUCGAGCAGGAACUUGCAAGAGCUAGGCAGCAGGGACUAUGCGUACGCAAUUCAUCAGACACUAGUUAUCUUGGACCAGCUGGCACCAUGAACACAGGAAUUGCAACAUUUGAGAUGGAAUACACACACUGGCUAGAAGAACAAAACAAGAGAGUGAGUGAGAUAAGAAGAGCGCUCCAAGCUCAUAUCAGCGACAUUGAGCUCAAAAUGCUUGUUGACACAUGCUUAAACCACUACUCUAAUCUCUUCCGCAUGAAAGCUGACGCUGCAAAGGCUGAUGUCUUCUUCUUGAUUUCUGGUAUGUGGCGAACUUCCACCGAACGCUUCUUCCAGUGGAUUGGAGGUUUCCGCCCUUCCGAGCUCUUAAAUGUUGUGAUGCCGUACAUUGAGCCGUUAACGGAUCAGCAGCUGUUGGAGGUGAGAAACCUACAGCAGUCGUCUCAGCAAGCAGAGGAAGCUCUUUCUCAAGGCUUGGAUAAACUUCAGCAAGGUUUGGUCGAGAACAUUGCUGUUGACAUAAGAGUUGUUGAGUCUGUUGUGAGUCACGGUGCUCAAAUGGCUUCAGCUAUGGAGAAUCUUCAGGCAUUGGAGGGUUUUGUUAACCAGGCGGAUCAUCUGAGAAAGCAGACACUGCAGCAAAUGAGUAAGAUCUUGACGACAAGACAGGCUGCUCGAGGGUUGCUCGCUUUAGGAGAGUACUUUCACAGGCUCCGUGCUCUGAGUUCUCUUUGGGCAGCUCGUCCACGAGAACGCACUUAAACAAGUUUUUUUUGGAGUCAAAUCAAAAGAGAACAGAGAAAGCACAAGGUGAAAGACUGAGUCAACACUCGAAUGAUGUUUGUUAGCUAGGGACUUGUUUAUCUAAGUGUAUGGAGAAGAUGUAGAGUGAUUCUAUUCUCUCCAUUAGAGCAUCAUCAUCAUCAUCAUCUUCCUCAUUGAUGUUUUUGGUUUUGCUAAAUGAAUUCGUUAGAGAAAUGAAUAAAGAUGAUGUAAAUUUGGGUUGGAAAAACAUUUGAACAUGUUAAUAUUUGUAUUUAAUGUAAACCUACGAAUUUUUACCUUCUA